AUGGAAUCCGAGCCGGGCGGCGACGGCGGCGACGUCGCUACUCAGUCUGCUGGCCUGCAGCACGGCGCCGCACGCACACAUGACGACCGGGAUGAGAUGGGCACAGUUCGAGCAUCUAGUCGAUCCGUGGCCGCAGAGCCGCGGCCGAUACCCAGCACGAUGGCACGAACAUCCAGCGGCCACGCACAGGCGCCACGGCUCAGACUCGGCGAGCUGCAUCGUCGGCGUAGCCAGACCUUUUACUCGGGAAGCGGCAGCGAAUCACCCUCACGUGGGACGGGCGUACAGAGACCAACGGCGCGACCCCAGCUGGCGGCAGCGCGGCGAACCCACGGCAGCUCGUCGGAAGUGUACCGGCCUGGAGCCGCAGCCGCGGCGACUCGAGAGAGAAUGUACCAAAUGCUGGAAGCGGCAGCCAGUGCGGAAAGCUUGGUUCCAUCCCCAACGUCGCCAACUCGAACCCCUCUACAAGACACACAAGACACCCCUCUGACGACAACACGACCAAUAGCAAUACCGCGACGACGGCAAAAUGUGGAUGUGGAAAUGCUCGAAGCCAGCAUGCCGCCUCCGCCGGCGCCGACCACUGCCCGGAGUAACAAUGCAGCGAGCAGCACCGCAAUGUCCAGCAGCCUGCCGCUCGAGACGCGAGAGGAAUUGGCUGCAUCGAGCAGCAGCGCAAAUGGCGGCGGGGGACUGAAGCGCAGCGCGAGCAACAGCUCGCAAACGGUGACGAUAUACGAAUGCCCGAUCCUGGAAGUGGACGAGCAGUGCGGCGACGACGGCGGCAAGGAGGACCUGUCGUGGCUCACAAGCGACCGGGAGCUGGAACAGAUGCUGGCCCUGGCGUCUUCUCACGGGCGGCACGAGCGGUCGAGCCUGUCGUUCAAGCGGUCGUCGGAAGCGGCGAUGCAGUGCUCGCAGGUGGUGCGCAACGUGCCGCGGAUGCGCAAGCGACGGGACCGAAAGAUGGACCGGCGGAGACAGUCUCUGACGUUGUCGGAGAGCACGAUUUGCCUGUCGGCAUCACCGUCGCCCACGGCCACGCCAGUGGGAUGA